AGGUCCCGGGAGUCGUUGAGGCGGCUGCAGGUCUCUCCCUGCGGAGCCGCUGGUUCGGCGGGCGGGGAUGUGACCGCGGGCCCUGCCGGCCUGCCUCGGGCGUCGCCUCAGCUCCCGUGUCGGUGCCCUCACCCCACACCGAUGGCGGGAUCCGGCUGCGCCUGGGGCGCGGAGCCGCCGCGGUUUCUGGAGGCCUUCGGGCGGCUGUGGCAGGUACAGAGCCGCCUGGGUAGCGGCUCCUCGGCCUCGGUGUAUCGGGUGCGCUGCUGCGGCAACCCCGGCUCGCCCCCCGGCGCCCUCAAGCAGUUCUUGCCGCCAGGAACCACUGGAGCUGCGGCCUCGGCCGCCGAGUACGGGUUCCGCAAAGAGAGGGCGGCGCUGGAGCAGUUGCAGGGUCACAGGAACAUCGUGACUUUGUAUGGAGUCUUUACAAUCCACUUCUCUCCAAAUGUGCCAUCACGAUGUCUAUUGCUUGAACUCCUGGAUGUCAGUGUUUCGGAAUUGCUUUUAUAUUCCAGUCACCAGGGUUGUUCCAUGUGGAUGAUACAGCAUUGUGCAAGAGAUGUUCUGGAGGCCCUUGCUUUUCUUCAUCACGAGGGUUAUGUUCAUGCAGACCUCAAACCACGUAACAUAUUAUGGAGUGCAGAGAAUGAAUGUUUUAAACUCAUUGAUUUUGGACUUAGCUUCAAAGAAGGCAAUCAGGAUGUAAAGUAUAUUCAAACAGAUGGGUAUCGGGCUCCAGAAGCAGAACUGCAAAAUUGCUUGGCCCAGGCUGGCUUGCAGAGUGAUACGGAAUGUACCUCAGCUGUUGAUCUGUGGAGCCUAGGAAUCAUUUUACUGGAAAUGUUCUCAGGAAUGAAACUGAAACACACAGUCAGAUCUCAGGAAUGGAAGGCAAACAGUUCUGCUAUUAUUGAUCACAUAUUUGCCAGUAAAGCAGUGGUGAAUGCCGCAAUUCCAGCCUAUCACCUAAGAGACCUUAUUAAAAGCAUGCUUCAUGAUGAUCCUAGCAGAAGAAUUCCUGCUGAAAUGGCGUUGUGCAGUCCGUUCUUCAGCAUUCCUUUUGCCCCUCAUAUUGAAGAUCUGGUGAUGCUUCCUACUCCAGUGCUAAGACUGCUGAAUGUGUUGGAUGAUGAUUAUCUUGAGAAUGAAGAGGAAUAUGAAGAUGUUGUAGAAGAUGUUAAAGAGGAGUGUCAGAAAUAUGGACCAGUGGUAUCUCUGCUUGUUCCAAAGGAAAAUCCUGGCAGAGGACAAGUCUUUGUUGAGUAUGCAAAUGCUGGUGAUUCCAAAGCUGCUCAGAAAUUACUGACUGGAAGGAUGUUUGAUGGGAAGUUUGUUGUGGCUACAUUCUACCCGCUGAGUGCCUACAAGAGGGGAUAUCUGUAUCAAACCCUUGCUUUAAUCAGUAACCUGAGGACUAUUUCCUGUAUCUCCUCUUCCAUUUUCCUGGGUUAUUGUAUUCCACAUCUGAAUGCAGGAGUACCCCCUUACUGUUUUAAGGGGAUACUUUGUACAUUUAUUUAAUCCUACUAACGUGUAGCCAUUGCCCAGGCAGUGACUGCAUUGCAAGCAUUUGGCACUGAGUAGGACAAGACCUCUCAGCUAUACAUUGAGGGGUUUUAGAGCAUCCAUGUGGGCAGCCUUUUUUUGUGCAGUAGGGCAAGUGCUGCUCCUCAGUAUGUAACCUAAAAGAUAUUAUUUCAUGUGAUCAUGAAGCAAGGAUGAAUAAUAAUGAAUAAUAUCAUGGUGUAGUGAAUAUUAUUAACAAAUUUGCUAGGGUUGGUGACUUCACUUAUAGAUUAUUCCUUUAUGUUGUCAGGUGGUUCCUUUAUUGUUGAUCUCUAUAACUGGCACUGGAUGCUCUCAGUAGUGUUAGGUAAUUGUCAAGCAGCGGUUACCUACUGUGUUCUUAACACUGAGUUGUGAAUUUUUUUAAAGGAGUACUGUAGUACUGAAUAUUCCUUUAAAGAAACUGCAGUGAGCCUAUCUACAUUUUUUUAUUCAGGCUUUUAAAAUAGAAAGCUAUUGCUUGAUCUUGCACAAUUUUUAUGUCUAGUGUGUAUGCUUGAGUGAGUGUGCAGGUGUGAAAGAUCAGAGAAAAUUUGAGUCAGUGUACUUUAUAGUGUGAACCUUGUGAGCUAAUACAGUCUACCAUCUUUUCCCUACCUAUUUCACAUCUAUAAGAUUUGGGAUGUAUGUUUUUUGAGAGUUGUCUGUUAGAAUGUAAUUGACAACAUAGUUCAUUCCUGAAAUGUUCAGAACAAACUGGAGUCUAGCCUGGGGUUACCUUGAAACGCUUUAAGUGAUUGGAACAAAGGAAAAGUUUUGCUACACAUGAAUCAACCCAUCCUUCAAUCUGCUGUAUUGGCUCAUCCUUUUUGUACGAAAUCUCCUAUAAUUGUAAGAUUUCUCAAGAUGUGGCUCUGUCUACUAUGAUGGAAAAUUGCAGUUGAUCAAAAAGAAAAAAUUAGUUGUACAGUGAAAGAAAAAUUUUAAAAAUAGGUAAAGAGAGGAUGGAAAGUCAAGGAUUCUUUUUCUUUUCCUUUCUGUCUCUCUCGUCCCUGUCCCCUUUUCCUCCUCUUCCCUUAUUCCCUGCCUCCGUUCUUAGCUGAAGAAGAGCUAGGUAAUCUGACUUUUGACUACAUGGGAGUUAAGAAAGGUAUAGGUAUAAGAAGGUGGAAGUAGAAAGGAAGAAAAACUCAAAUAAUUCUUAAAGAAGUCAUAGCAGUUGAUUUUGUUCCCAAGUAGUGGAUGCCAGUAUGCAUGAAUUCAUGGACACAGGUUGAUUACAUGGUUUUCAGAAUUGUAAUUAUGGAUUUUUCUCAUUUUAUGGUAGAUUGUCUUUAAAGGUCUUAAAAAUUAGGAAACCUUUAUAAAGCAUUGAUAUACCAAAAAAAAAAA